CAAUUGUGAAGUACUUGGAGCUGCCGUCACCGCCAAUGAAUGAGACUAUUGUUUUCGUUGGUGAUGAUGAUCAUUGGAUAAAAGAUCUGAACGACGCAUUAGAUAAUGGUACGUGGGAGAGUAUCGAAAGAAUAAUCCACGAACAUCCAAAUGAAGUAUUCAAAGCCAGGCUAAAUGAAAAUGGAGAUACACUGCUCCUCUUGGCCUUCAAUAAAGGAAAAAAUGAAUUAAUCAACAAGCUGGUGGAAAAGAUUACACCAGAUUUACUGGCUGAGACCGACAUCUUUGGGAAUACAGCGCUUCACUUAGCAGCAAAACUUGGACUUGUUCAACAUGCCGAAAUGCUAGUAGGAAAAAAACGCGAAUUGCUGAAUCAUGAAAACAAAGAUGGAUUUCUGCCAAUUCAAUUAGCUGUUAGGCCAAAAGAAGAAAAUACUCGCAGUAUGACGACUUACUUGUUAGACGAAUGCAUUAAAGAUAAACAUUCCAAGCUAGUCAAUGAAGCUGCUGGUGCGGGGCUUAUGGAAUCUUUAAUAAAAGCAGGAUUUUAUGAUUUGGCUCUUAAAUUACUUAAAUUCAACAAGAAAUUGGCAUGGCGAGAGAAUUUCAGCCUUUUGGAGCAGAUGGCUCGAGAUCCGGGUGCUUUCCUAAGUGGAUGUCACAUGAGCUUUUGGCAGAUCUUAAUCUACUUCAUGCAUCCAAGUUUCAGAACUGAAACUGUUCCCCCGGAGCAGAAUGCGAGGAUGGAGCGUUCAGCAUAUGAAGUGCAAUAUAGGGACAUUCCUGCACUAAGAUUGAAGAAUCGUCUUGCAAAUGAACUAGUCGGAGAAUUAUGCUCAACUAUUAAAUCAAUGGAUAAAUCCCAAGAGAAACUUGGAAAGCCGUUACUUUUAGCGGCACAGAAUGGAAUAUUUGAGGUUGUCAUUGAAAUUCUACAUCAUGAUCCUACUGCAAUAACUUAUAAAAAUGGUCGGGGGCAUUCAAUAUUUCAUGUUGCUGUAAUGUAUCGUGAUCCAAUCAUUCUGGGCAUAGCGUUUGAAAGGAAUAAGAAACAGAAAGGGAUACACUAUCUAGAUCCUGAUGUCAGAGGAAACAAUAUAUUGCAUCUUGUGGGAUAUAAACCCCAUCAAGCUGGAAUUCUUACUAAUCAGCCUGGAGCUAUUUUUCCGAUGCGGGAGGAACUUCAGUGGUUUGUGCAUGUGUCCGCGCUUGUAACGCCUCAAGAAUGUACUGCGGAGAAUAAUGGUCUUAAGAUACCGUUUAGCAUCUUCGUAGAAGAGCAUGCCGAAAUGGCUGAAAAAGAAAUUGAAUGGAUGACAGCUAUGGCAUCUGCCAGCUCAGUUGCAGCAUCACUCGUUGCCACAGUGGCAUUUGCCGCCGCAUUCCAAGUACCUGGAGGAAACAGUAACAAUGGCAUACCCAAUUUCUCCAAUGAAACUUCCUUCAAAGUCUUUGCAAUUUCAGACGCUCUUGCGCUUUUCUUUUCUAUCACUAGCGUUCUAUCCUUCUUAUCCAUUUUCACCUCCCGCAAUGGAGUUCAUGAUUAUCUUCGUGCCAGACCCUCCACAGUGAUCAUAGUUGGUCACAUUGCGUUGCUCAUAUCUUUCAUUUAUUUAAUAAUUGCCUUUAGUUCUACGUUAUUCCUUAUAUUUGCUAAACAAAAUGAGCGGUUUCUCAUACCAAUAAUCAUCGUCUCUUGCAUACCGGUGAUCUUGUAUGGCAAAUUUCAUCUUCAUUCCUUGUUUGCUAUGAUCAAAUCCACUUUUAUGAAAGGAUUGCUUUUUCGUAGAAUUUUAAUUACAGUGUAUGCUAUAAUAUUAACUCGUAUGAAAUUAAGGACUUAGUAUUGUGAUUUGAGUCAAAAAAUCUCGUUGAUUUUGUGUUCAAGUUUUAAUUUGGUUGUUCAGUUUGAUGAGUCCGUUCGGUUGUGUAACUUGAUGAGUCUGUUUUAAGUCCAUGUUUUAAUUUGGUUGUUUAGUUUGAUGAGUCUGUUUGGAGGUAGAUCAAGGUUGGAAAAAUAAGAAUGGCAACAUAUUUCGUAUUUAUUUGAUGUUAAUUUUUACUUGAUUAACUUCCUUAAUUUCGUAGAUAUUCAUUGUUGGAACCUGCAGAAGCCUGAAGCCUUGGAAUUGAAUCCCCAAGAAGCAAAGGAAAGAAA